AUGGCGAUGUCAAAUAAGGCGUUGGCGAUAUGCAUCAUCGCUAUAGUGAUAUGCUCGUUCGCGGUGGAUGAUGUGCUCGUCAACGCGGUGCCGAUCUCCUACGGCGCCAUGCGUGGAAACGGUAUUCCUUGCAAGGGCCCAAACUGUCUGCCUCCUCCGUCCAACACUUACAACCGUGGUUGCGAGAAGUCCAACGAAUGCCGUGGUGGUGGGCCAGGUCACAACCUCAUGUCUUACAUUGAUGGAACCUCCCAAGUGCCUGCUUCAACUGAUGAAAAUUACAAGACAUGGAUCGAAAAAGAUCAGAUGCUACUCUCCUGGAUCAACGCUACUCUGUCUGAAUCUGCACUUCCAUAUGUGGUUGGCGCUACAUUUGCAAAAGUUGCGUGGGAUGUCCUCGCUCGUCACUAUGCCUCUCUCACUCCUGCUUAUGUAAUGUCUCUGAAAAGACAAUUACAUCACCUCAAGAAGGGCAACCUCACCAUGCAGGAAUAUCUCCAACAAUUCAAAACUUUAGCUGAUAAACUCACAAUUUCCGGAUCUCCAGUAAGUGAUGAUGAUCUCCUAAUAUGCAUUCUCGAUGGAUUACCUACUGCUUACCACUCAUUUGCAUCCUCUAUUCGUGUCCGUGCUCAUCAAACUUCCAUCACUAUUGAAGAUUUACACAAUCUCCUACUCUUUGAAGAACUGAGCAUCACUGAUGAUUCAUUAUCCAAAACUACUACUACCUUCACUGCAAACCGGCAACCUCGAACUCUUUCUCUUAGACAGCACUCAUUCACACCUCGUCUCAAUAGGGGUGGCACUAGUUAUAGAGGACGUAGCAGGGGUCAUUCCAAUCAAGCCGAACUUCUCCCUACUCCAUCGUUUCGACCUCAAGGUCGUCAAUUGAACAUUGGUCGGCUAAUCUAUCAGAUUUGCAACAAACAUGGCCAUAGUGCCAUUGACUGCUAUCAUCGCAUGAACUAUGCAUACCAUGGUCGCAAUCCUCUUGAAAAACUUGCUGCCAUGGCUAUUGCACCACCUACUGAUGAUGGCACUUGGUAUAUCGAUACUCUGGGUAGUCUCUCCAUCUCCACUCCCUAUAGUGGUUCCGAUGAAGUUUAG